CUCCGCGCGCAGCACGGGGGACUUUUCGGUGGGGAUUUUGGGCGCCGACCAGACGCGGCAUUUUCGGAAAAUAGCGCCCUGUGCAGCUGAAGCGCUUUGUGUUUAGCUGGGCCGCGUCAGCCCGGCCGGGUACGAGGCGCCUCGGGUCCCCGAACCACCUCCUGCUGCUCCCCGGUCGCCGCUCCCGAAGCUUUUCCAGAUGUCCCUGGUAGAUUUGGGAAAGAAGCUUUUAGAAGCGGCUCGAGCAGGUCAAGAUGACGAAGUUCGUAUUUUGAUGGCUAAUGGAGCUCCUUUUACUACAGACUGGCUGGGAACUUCUCCACUUCAUCUGGCAGCACAGUACGGACAUUAUUCCACCACAGAAGUACUACUCCGAGCUGGUGUAAGUAGGGAUGCCAGAACCAAAGUGGACCGAACGCCGCUGCAUAUGGCAGCUUCUGAGGGCCAUGCCAGCAUAGUGGAGGUUUUGCUUAAGCAUGGCGCUGAUGUCAAUGCAAAGGACAUGUUGAAGAUGACAGCUCUACAUUGGGCCACAGAACACAAUCAUCAAGAGGUGGUGGAACUCUUAAUCAAAUAUGGUGCUGAUGUACACACGCAAAGUAAAUUUUGUAAAACUGCAUUUGAUAUUUCAAUAGACAAUGGGAAUGAAGAUUUAGCAGAGAUACUACAGAUUGCUAUGCAGAACCAAAUCAACACAAACCCAGAGAGUCCCGACACUGUGACGAUACACGCUGCAACACCACAGUUUAUCAUUGGACCUGGAGGGGUGGUGAACCUAACAGGUCUGGUAUCUUCAGAAAAUUCAUCCAAGGCAACAGAUGAAACGGGUGUAUCUGCUGUUCAAUUUGGAAACUCCUCCACAUCAGUAUUAGCUACAUUAGCUGCCUUAGCUGAAGCAUCUGCUCCAUUGUCCAAUUCUUCAGAAACUCCAGUAGUGGCUACGGAGGAAGUAGUUACUGCAGAAUCUGUGGAUGGUGCAAUUCAGCAAGUAGUUAGUUCAGGGGGUCAGCAGGUCAUCACAAUAGUUACAGAUGGAAUUCAGCUUGGAAAUUUGCACUCCAUUCCAACCAGCGGAAUAGGUCAGCCCAUCAUUGUGACCAUGCCAGAUGGACAACAAGUAUUAACAGUACCAGCAACAGACAUUGCUGAAGAAACUGUUAUAAGUGAAGAACCACCAACCAAGAGACAAUGUAUUGAAAUAAUUGAAAACCGGGUGGAGUCUGCAGAAAUAGAAGAGAGAGAAGCUCUUCAGAAACAGCUGGAUGAAGCUAAUCGAGAAGCACAAAAAUAUCGACAGCAACUUCUAAAGAAAGAACAGGAAGCAGAGGCCUACAGACAGAAAUUAGAAGCUAUGACUCGUCUUCAGACUAAUAAAGAAGCUGUUUAAUUGAAAUGAACAUAUAGUUUGAGUUUACUUUUGGUCAAGAAAGAAUACAGUCUUGAACUGUACACAGUAAGUUGCAGUCAUGGGAAGACAGGAUAAUAAAAGAGACUGCAGCUUGAUAAUUGGACUUAAGCCAUGAGCUCUGAAUUCUUGUAACAUAAAACUUUACUUUAGAAGUUGUGAAAUGUAUUUAAAACUGAAUUCUGUAAAUAGUUUUUUUUGUUUUUUACAGUUCCAAAUGAGUUGAUAAAGAUUGUUGAAGAGAUCCCAAAACACAAUAAGCCACUGUUUUUUGUGAAUUCUUUUUGAUUUUAGUACAAACCUUAAUUUCUCAGAAACAGAACAGUUUUAAGGGUGAUCGUUGUUGAUUAGACCAAAUGUUGUGUAAUAAUUAUGUGGUGGACUGAUGCUGGAAUUAA